AUGGAUCACGUUGAAGCUGACUUAACUCCCGGUCAAGAAUGGCAGCAAGCUGUGAGCAACACUUGCAAUCGCCUCUCAACGCAAUAUCUGAACUUGCUAAAGGCAGCGUCGUCUCUCCCGGCUUUGGAAUCCGGGGGAAAUCCGGGUGUCACAGUUGCUACUGGUGUUACGGGCUCAGCGGUGGAUCCUACUGGCACUAGCACCAAGACAGGCGCAUCCGCAACAGCCGCAUCCGGAAGCAGUAAAUCCACAUCUGAUCCACGAGCGGGUGGUGGCAAUAUGAAUUCUCUCCAGGAUCCUCCUCCGCCACCAUUGGCAGCCAACGUUGCCUUGAGUUCUCUACAGUGUCAAUUAGCAGUGGAGAACUUGUGCGUAGCCGCAUCCCAACUGCUAUCCCUAAUUCGUACGUUGAGAUUGAGUCUUUUGCUGAUGGAUGAAGCUACAAUCGUGGCUGAAGAAGAAUGGCAAGUCGAACAAGUCAGAGCGAUUACGGAGAAAGCUAUGCAAGAAGCUGACGUUCUUGAACAGAAGUGGAUGGAGUACAGAAACCAAGAGGCGAAUUGA